AUGCGCUGGGGUGGUACGGCUACGGACAAGGCUGGUUUCCUGGCCUUUAUACCGGAGGUCCGCAAUAGGACGUUUACCCCUGAGACGAUUAUUCACUCCUUCCGCGACCGAGGAAUAUGGCCAUUUAACCCUAGUAUUGUUGUUGAUCCGUUAAUCGCUAAGGAGCCAGAGCUCCCACCGCUCCAAGUCUUUAGUGGAGAUCCAGACGGGGAGGAGGCGGAAGCAAGGUCUAGUGAUACUGAGGAACUAAGUACGCCUACAGUUCCUACAACGAUUCGGACUGUUAAGCGUCGCACUGGGCGUCUUCUUUCUCAGGCAGAGAAAUUAGGUAUUGAGGCGAGUCAUCAGAGGUUUAUAGCUAGUCUUGAGAAGGCAUGCAAUGAUAUCAUCCAGAAGACCGAGCUGUGGAUGAUAGCCGAAUCGAACCUUGCGCGAAAGGCUGAGGUUUUGGGCAAUUUAUCAACUAAUCGGUCGAAGAAGAGGCUUUCUGCGACUGGUCUAGUGCGAGGAAAGGAUGCAAAACGGUCAAUUUUGAGAGGAGGCUCAAAAAUGAGGAGAAGGCUCGGAGGAAGGCUAUGGCAACCCUCGGAGUUCUUGGUGAUGAGCAACCGCAGCAACACUAGGGAAAUUUAA